UAUUCUCACAAUGUUCCCCUGCUCGUGGCUGUUCCAGUGUUGAUAUCUGAGUUUAUCUAAAGAGCGUGAACCUACCAGAGGCUGUUCGUGUGGCGGGCACAGUAAAUGGGAGCAAGCUGCUGCUGUUCCCAAAGAGUAAGUCUCUGCGGCUGAGCCGUUUGAGCGGUUCUCUUGGAUUCAUCUGUUGAAGGUUUUGGCAGAAUCAAAACUCCCUUUCUAAAACAGGGCUCCGCCAGCGUGUUGAGUUUGCCCCUGCAAACUACAGCUUAUGCAAGCGGGGUUUGUGCUCCGUCCCUCUUGGUGAGCGCUCUAAUAGCGUGCACGCUGACUUGCCUGUGGCUGCUCAGAGACUCAGAUUAAGUAGCUAUGUUAGAGCUUGCUGGAAAAUGAUAAGCUGUCCUUGGUGUUCUGGUGAAAGAGGUUGUGAGGAGAGACUGCAUCGUCGAAUACGGAAUGCUCUGAAUCAGAGUCUCUUCCUUCCUGGAAAUUCAGCAAAGAGUUAGCGUUCCCAGGCUGUUGGAUCUCUUCCGUGUUCAUGGAUAAUAUUUGAUAUGUGCCCUGUAAAUCCUGCCCUGGGACUCUGUGACCGGUGGGGUGCCUGAUGCCUGUAAUCCCCAUUCCCCGCCGGGUCCGUUCGUUCCACGGCCCCCACACGACCUGCCUGCAUUCGGCCUGUGGCCCGGUAAGGACCACUCACUUGGUGCGCACCAAGUACAACAAUUUCGACAUCUAUCUCAAAUCCCGAUGGAUGUAUGGAUUCAUCCGUUUCCUGCUGUACUUCAGCUGCAGCCUCUUUACCUCCAUCCUCUGGGUGGCACUCUCUAUCUUGUUUUGCCUUCAGUACCUUGGCAUCCGGAUCUUUCUGCGUUUCCAGUACAAACUCUCCAUCAUACUCCUCUUACUGGGGCGAAGGCGGGUAGACUUCAGCCUCAUGAAUGAACUGCUCAUCUACGGAAUUCAUGUGACCAUGCUGCUAGUGGGGGGGCUGGGAUGGUGUUUCAUGGUAUUUGUGGAUAUGUAAAUAAAACAAGCGCAUGUGGGCUGAGAAGGUGACUUUUCUUCUACCCCAAAA